CGACGUCAUCUCAUUCAAAGUGGUUAUGUGAAUAAGAGUUGUGAAUAUCCACUUCUUUCGACUUCACCCCGUCUCAAUCUCACUGCGAGUCCAGCGGUUCGACAUGGAUACGAACGAAUCGCUCGAGGGGAAAGCAGACAAAAAGUAUAAAUCAAGUCGACAUCAAGAAUUGCUAGACGCUAUUGUGAACGCCGACAUAGAGAAAGGACGACAGCUCAUCUUCGGCACAGAUGUCUCGCUGUCGGAUGUCGAACCGAAACUCUUGACUCGCUUCCUGUGGCACGCCGUCCAAUCCUACGACAGCAACCUAGUGAAGGAGCUUUUGAAAGCCAAGCCCGACCUGAGUACUCCCGAAGGCUACAACGACUCGCCGUUAUGGGUUGCCAUAAAACAUCGUGACUUGCCGAUCAUGCGCUUGCUGGUAUCCGCCGGCGCGGACCUGCGCGAGAAGCUGCUCAGUGAUCCGAGGCAACCGAGUGUCCUGCACGCCGUCAUCAUGUGGUGGCAAAUGUAUACUAAUACCGAGAUUACCGUCUUCAUGAUCGAGCACGGCGCUGACGUUAACGCUCGCGAUGCCAAAGGCAACUCCGUCCUCCACGUGGCGAUGCAGUACGACGCGGAUUGCGCUCUCGUCCUGGAGCUGUUGAACAGAGGCGCGGACAUCGAGGCCAUAAAUAACGAUGGUCACGAUCUUCUGCUUACGGCCACCUGUAAUGUCUACGCUGAAGCUAUCUUGCCCAUACUCGUUUCCUACAACGUUGACGAAGAAACCAGGAGUCGAAAAGCCAUGAUUGCCUUGCAGUAUCUUGUCAUCACCAAUGAAGUGCAAAAAUUGGGCGCCAUGCGAAAAUUGCUGCAAAUGAAUGUGAAUGUCAAUGAGAUAGAUGAAGCUGGCAUGUCGUUGCUUCACUGGGCGGCUUCGAGUGGGGGGACUAAUGUCGUAGAGAUAUUGUUAGAUUACGGAGCAGAGAUAAAUAUAAGGUCUAUCAUAGGUUCAACACCGCUAUUUGAAUCAGCUAAGCUACAAGAUUCUUCCAUCACGAAAAUACUGAUUGACCGAGGUGCCGAUCUGCAAAUCUAUGACGACGAUAAGCGGCAUCCCAUUCACGUAGCCUGCAAAGCCGCUUCGUUUCAAAACAUUCACUUGUUGCUGCAAUUCGACGCGGACUUGAACGCUGAAGACGGUCGGGGCCUCACUCCGUUUCAGUACCUAGUUUUGACACCAACCACCCUACCGUGUGUCAUGUUAAUUUUGAAACAUCUCGCAUUAUUGCAGACGAAGGGUCUACAGAUUCACAAAAAUAACGUCAAAGUCAUCAAGAACAGUGCUAUAAUCAACAAUUUUUACGAGGACUGUUUAAACGAAUUACAAAAGAUGAAAGAUACUAAGAUCUACGAGACUAUCUCGUUCUUCUGCUUCUUUUCUAAGGAUAUCGUCGAAUUGUCGAAGCUUCUUAGAAAUAGAGAUAUAGUUAACAAUUUUAAAAGCCAGCACGAGUCAUUAUUUUCGCUGUAUCUAGUAGAGAUGAAAUAUGUAUUUAUAAUUGCUGAGAAUACGAAAGAUAUAUAUGUACAUAAUGAGGAUUCCUUGAAUGAAAUAUUUCAAGGCAUUUUGCCUAGGUUAGUGAUUGCAAAGAUUGCGAGCUAUUUGUCUUACGAGGAAUCUGAAAUAUUACAGCAACAGUUCUAUUUUUCUCCGCAUGACGAAAUUUAUGACACAAGGCCAGGAAAGUAUUGGCUAGUCCGCAGCACAUGUAAAUGGACAUCUGAGGUGAACAUCCAGGCCAUUCGUUGUAAUCUACUAUUUUUGCCUAAUGAGGUUGAAAUUAGUAUAUUGCCGACCGAGCCUGGCAUGAAAGUAUAUAGCAUUCGUUCCACGGUCGCGGCUCGGGCGUCAAAUCGUUGGCAAUCCAACAGCCGCAUCUGCUUCGGUUUCUACGAAUCACCGUCAAAUCUAGCAGCUCGUUGCCGGCGAAUAAAUUGCUCCAACUCCGAUCUAACCUCGACUGCACUGAGGGUGGACAAAUUCUAUGUAAUCGAAGGCAGCGACACUCGAAUGGCCUCGAUGUCGGUGCGCGCGGGCGCCGAUCCAAACGAGCGAACGCGCGAUCUCGGUGACCUGCACGCCUUGAUUGCCAGUACUAGUCUCACGAAACAUCAACUGGCUCUGUCGAUGAUCAGGCAUGGAGCUGACGUUAACGCGCGCGAUUACAAAGGUUACACCCCGUUGUAUUACGCUGUGAAACAGCAAUUGAUGCACGUGAUUUUUGAAUUGUUGCAACGGAAUGCCGUAGUCGAAGAUCACGUUAUUAAUUGUGCAGCUUCGAUAACGGAAGCCACUAAGUUCCUACCACUGCUUAUUGAGAGCCACGGUAACGAUACGGAGACUAAACAUAGGCAAGCUGGCAAUGCGAUUAUGUGUCUCAUCGCUCAAGAUAAUAGCAAUCGAGUGGUGACUAUUCAAAGUCUGUUAGAUUGUGAAGUGCCUGUCGAUCUGUUUAAUUCUUGCGGAUGGUCUUCGCUUCUUUACGCAGCAAUUUUCGAACGAGUUGACGUGGUCAAACUACUCUUAAAAUAUGGUGCAGACGUCAACCAAAGAUCUGUAAAUGGUGUACUACCAAUAUUUGUAGCUUCAGGCCUCACAGAAUCUACCAUCGCUAAGUUGCUGAUUGAAAAUGGGGCAAGCAUUCACGAUCGCAACGCCGAGGAUCGCCAAUAUCCGAUUCACGCGGCUUGCGCGAAUGAAUCAUUAUCAAACAUUCAGUUGCUACUGAGCCUUGGCGCUGACAUCAAUGUCGUUGAUCGCAGUGAUCGCACUCCAUUUUCCCUGAUGAGCACUGAAACUUUGACUUGCGCUGUGAAAUAUGUUAUUAAGCAUUUCGCCCUCAUAAUUUCAAAAGGUUUCAUGAUCAAUGAUUUAGAUUUGGAGGUCAUUUAUGAAAACUCCCACAUGCAAGAAUUCUACGAAGAUUGCUUGGCCGAAUUGGAGAAUAUGAAGAGAUUGAACAUUUACAACGAUCUUUCGUUUUUCUCUAUUUUCUUAGCAAGCAAACAACAGAGGACUUUGUUGUUUGAGAAUAGAGAUUUGUUUAAAAGUUACAACAGAAAACAUAAAAAAAAGUUAUUUCCUAUAUACUUUUCGGACAUACAUUCGAACGUUGCUAUCAAGAACUCCCUAAAAAGGAAGAGUGUGCUAGGUGAUAAAGAAAAUAUUCCGAGUAAAAUAUCGAAUGGAAUUUUAACAGACGAUGCUCUAAGCAAGACUAUAUAUUAUAUUUGUAUUCUUAAACACCCAAGAAGACUCCUAGAAGAGUUUUUACUAAGUUGCUCCAGCCCGAUGGUAAAUUCAAACGCACAUUCGCAGGACGCAGAACUGUCGAGAUUCAAAGCUAAAAAGUCAGCACCAGUGACACGCCAAUCCAAAGAAAUGAUGUCACAACACCCGUACCAGCGACGUGUCGAUAAUGAUAAUGAUCAUUUAUAUCCCGUCACGGGUUCACCCGACAAAUUUGACGUCGAGCGUGAUAUUGUAAUGCGAAAUAUCGUAGAUCCUAAACGCACUCAGUGGAAGAACCUGCAAGCUCUUUUGAUGUCAGCACUGAAGAGAAACGAUAGCGCGCUCGUGAGCGCUAUCACGAAUUGUAGACUUGCAUUGUCGGUGGUUGACAAUGACCCCAACGACACGACCUUGUGGGAUGCCUUGUAUAUGGAGCAGCUGGAUGUUGCCGAGAGGUUGAUCCGCGCUGGUACGGAUUUAAAUAGGGUUAACCGCGGGUCUGGUGCUACAUAUCUGCACUGGCUGGUGGCAAAAAGUGAAGAUAGAUUUUCGUCACUCACGGUACAGCUAUUGCAGUCUGGAGCGGAUGUGAAUGCUGUUGACAAAAUGGACAACAGCGUUCUGCACGUAGCUGUUGAAUAUGGAUCGCCGAGGAUAGUGAAUAUGUUACUUCGAAAGCGCGCAAGAGUUGACGUGGUCAACAAGGCGGGGCACAGCGUAAUUUAUGUGGCUGCCAAAAGCAAAUAUGUGGAAGAAAUGCUGACGAUGCUCAUCGCAUACUCGGGAGAUGUCACGACGAGAAAUAAAAGAUGCGUCGACGCCUUUUGCGCGCUAAGCGACUUAAACGCCAAUUACCGACACAUCCGCAUGAUAUUGGACAUGAGAUUUCCUCUUGAUACGCAAGGCAGGAAAGGAUGUACUUUGCUGUACGAGGCGGUUUUCGACAAAAAGAUCGAUCAAGUAGAAUUAUUGCUAGAGUACGGCGCGGACCUAACUAAAAAACUACGAAACGGCAAAGUCCCACUGCAUGCGGCUGCACAGCACAAAGACCCAACGAUUCUCAAGAUCCUCAUCGAGAGUGGUGCUAGCGUCCACGAUUGUAGCGACGAUUAUAAUGGGCAGUUCCCGAUUCACGCGGCGUGCAAACAAGAGCUACUGCCGAACGUCAAGCUACUGUUACGCCUCGGGGCAGACAUCAAUAUCAUUGACAAAAGUGGUCGAACUCCGUUCUCAUUCAUCUCGACGGAAAAUUUCAAUGAAAUUCAGGCCUGUAUUAUCAAAUACAUUGCGAUCUCGAUGAUUCAACAAAGGACCGUUAAUCGAACUGAUUUGCUAAAGAUUCGCGCGAAUCUCGAUAUGCAGGAUUACUACGAAAGAUGUUUGACGGAAUUACAAAUGAUGAAUGAGGCGGAUCAAUUGAUUACAUACGAACACUCAGAAGACAAAAGGAAAAUGGACUCCGAACCUCAAAUCACCGAUCCAUCAGAAUUGCGCCAAGCUUUCAUCGGCAAUACCAUAAAAUGGUCACAAAUAGAAUCCAUUGACGUUGGAACGUUGUUACGUGUGGCUGUGGCAAAAAACGAUUCGGAUUAUGCAUGCGCUAUUAUAGAUCGAGUACCAGACAUUGUGAGUCGCGAGUACGAUGGCAGCAGACUUUUAUGGGAAGCCCUGGAAAAUGACAAUGGCCUGUUAGCCUCAGCUUUAAUAUUUGCAGGAGCAGAAUUGAAUUAUAAAGCACGUAAUACAGUUAGUCUUCUGCACGGUUUUAGACACCGAAAUCCAUCCAUCGUUAAGCUGAUGAUUGCGCGCGGUGCCGAUAUUAAUAUCACUGAAAAUUUGGGGCGCACGUUUUUGUUUACGGCCGUGCAAGAAGGGUUGGUAGAAAUCGUCGAGAUGGUUAAGAGAUUAGACUUGCAGUAUACAAAUAAGGUAGCUGUCUUAGAAGCGGCUGUGUGCAGUGAGCUUUCAGAUGAGCUACUGCCAUUAUUAAUUCAAUCUGCUGAUCUCGAAACGCAAAUAAGACGUGCUAACGUAGCACUCUUGAUGUUUGUUGAUAGAAACGAAGAUGCCCUAAAAAAUGAAUUCCUUUUCAAAUUCUUAACCGUCAUGGCUUACCCGUAUAAUUAUAUGUGA